GUAAAGUAAUCUGAAACUAUUUCACUACGCUCACUUGCUGCUUGAAAACAUUGUUACUUAGGGAUAGGAUGGCAACUUAUUUAGACAUGUACAAAUCUAAGGGAACUCUUAAGUUCAAAUCAGAACUUUUAUUUGAGUAGGGCAUUCGACAAAAUAUUAAGUACAAAAUACAAUUCAUGUAUGGAUUUUCUGGUUUUGAACACUUGUGAAAAGCUGAGCGAUUAAUUUCUUUUAAAACAUCAAAAUGACUUUGGAAUGUCGUAGGAUUAGUUAGGACAUGUAGUAGGAUUAAUAGUUAUUUUAUCGGAUUAUCACUUUAUUGGAUUAUGACAAUGUUAUAUGAAAAGAGACAGAGUAGUUGUAGGUGCCCUUGUUCGUGCCCGUGUACAUGUCCGACAGGAUGUGGAGGCAAGGGCUGGAGACGCCACACCCAGUUAUUACUGUUAUUGCUCAGUAUACUCAUUGGUAUAGCAUUGGGCAUAGGAUUGCGUUUCGCGCCACCUUUUAACGACCCCAAGAACAACAAAAGGGCAUUGAUGUAUCUGCGAUUUCCAGGGGAGUUGGUAAUCAGAAUGAUGAUGAUGUUAGUCAUCCCCCUGAUUGUUUCCAGCCUUAUCUCCGCCAUGGCCGGAUUAUCUGGCAAAACAUCUGGAAAAAUUGGGCUCAGGGUCGCCAUAUGUUUCUUUGUCUCUACCCUAUUAGCCAUUAUUGAGGGCGUGGCCAUCGUAUUAGCUGUCCAACCGGGAAAGAACAAAGUCCAUGAGGCCCCCCGGAGAAAGAUCUCCACGUCGAGCCAUACGGCUGUGGAUGCAUUCAUGGAUAUGAUCAGAGAUCUCCUGCCCGACAAUCUUGUGACAAGCACAUUUAGAAUGGCUCACACUCAAUCAUCGACAAAAGCACUGGUGAAAAACGACAACAUAACUACAAAUGCAACCAGUGAUGACUCGAUUGAAAACCUGGUGCUCACAACCAAAGACGGAACCAAUAUAUUGGGUCUAGCUUGCUUCUCUAUCCUAUUUGGCAUCGUCCUCGGCAAUAUGGGACACCGGCGCGCAAAACCACUCUUGAAAUUCUUCCAUUCAUUUACCGAAGCAAUUAUGGAGCUUGUUAAAGCGUUUAUAUGGGUAAUCCCGAUAGGACUUAUCUUUAUCAUAGCUGUAGAGAUUGUGAAGAUGUCUGACCCAAUGGACCAAGUUGAAUCGCUGGGCAUGUUCCUUGUAACGGUCCUCGUCGGAUUAUUUGCACAUGGCGUCAUUGUACUUCCUGUUCUUUACAUGGCUAUCACCAGACGCAAUCCGUUCAAAUUCAUCCGCGGUAUUGUCCAAGCGCUACUUGUAGCAUUUGGGACAGGCAGUAGCUAUGUAGCUUUGCCCGUUGCUCUGCAAAAUAUGGAGAAAAACAAUCGAAUCCACCCCUGUGUGUCAAGAACAGUAUUGCCCAUAGGGGCAGCCAUCAAUAUGGACGGUUCUGCCCUCUAUGAAGCCCAAGCAGCCAUAUUCAUUGCCCAAUUAAGGGGAACAUAUCUCAGCGUUGUGCAAAUAAUCAUUCUAAGCAUCACGUGUACAGUUGUGUCGAUCGGAGCGCCCAGCGCUGGCACAAGCUAUCUUCUGCUUGGCAUUAUAUUCAACGCCGUUGGCUUACCAACGGAAGACAUUAUCAUUCUCCUUGCUGUUGAUUGGGCACUGACCAGAUUCAGAACAAUUGUUAAUGUGCUCAGUGAUUGCUUAACUGCUGGAGUUGUCCACCAUCUUUCUAAAGCAGACCUUCAGGAUAAAAACCUUGAUGCGCAAUCAGUUGAUGACGUAAUCGGGCCGAAGAGUGAUCACGUGCUAAGUAAUGAAUCGGUAAGACUAGUGAAUGUACAGCACCAAGGAAGCAACAGGCGACUUAGACGAUCAGACAGACAUUCAGGCAGACCAUCUGAGCCCCCACCGACACAGCCCCAUGAUCCAAUCCGUCGCAAUCCAUUUCCAAGGCAAUCAGAGAGCGACACACUCCCUUCUGAUGGACAAAUCCAAGGAAAUAUGCCACUGACGACAUUCAGAGAUAAGCACAACAGCAAGACGCCUUUAAUUCAGUCCUCCAGCAAUGAUUCUAUGACACAUCCUCAUCAUUACGAUCAACCCACCACUCCUCAUACACCGGACCCUGAUUCGUCACCACCACAGUACUCGCCAACAGGACAGAAACAUGCAAAGAGUCCAUCAAACAUUUCAUCAGAUAGCAGUUUACCAAGAGGACGUGGAAGACGGCACCCAAAUAUACCCAAAAGUGGAGUUCUCAAAUUCAUGCGCACGAAUUCUGCCGGAAGUGAACCAAACCAAAAUGAUUCAAAACCAGACGAUGAAGACGAUAAUAACAGGAGACGAGAUCGAUCUACUUCCCCACUCCCCCGCACAUCUAGUCCCGUCGCUACUCAGACAUCCCCACCGGAAUAUCCUGAAUAUUCCCCGAAUAUACCCAGCCAUUUUUUACCUCCACGUGUCAGAAAUAUAGACCUACCUUAUCGCCCACGCGCGCAACAGAAAAAGGCGCGCGUUUCUAGAUACGAUAGUGGUAGACUUAGUGCAUCAAGCGGGGAACUAAAACCAGAUAAUACCGAUAGUGACCAUAGAGUGGGAGAUAGCGAUGGUAGUACUGAAUAUAUGGUUUGACCUAGAUUAGAAAAUUUUUUACUUUUAGUAGUUUUAUAUGGCUAUAUAAUGUAUAAUAUAUAUGUACUAACUUUAUUAUGUACGCACCAACCUCCUGCACUGAGUAUAUGUUAUAUAUAUGGAGAGAGAAGGGGCGAGAUAAUAUGUUGAUAAAUAAUCUGAACAUCUACUUUAAAGUAAAUAUGAAGAAGUGGUAUUCUGUUAAGGAUUCAAUAAGAAUAUUCUUCGUAUAACACUGGAUAAAAAACUUGCUGUGAGGUUUGACCAUCGAUGUGUAUUUCAUUUAAGUAACAUAAACAAUUUGAUAUGCAAUCAUGGACAUGAAGAAAUGGAAAGGAAUAUUUAGUUUUGUUUUGAUCGAAUGUGAAAAUGCGUAUCUCCGUUCAACAAUCUCAGUCAUCCUUCAUUUUUCAGAUUUUUCCAAAUUUUUGGAUGUGAAUUGACUGAAUAAAGAGUUCCCCUGGUAGAUAAAUAAGGAUGGAAGCAUUAAGGCAAUGGGAGAUUUAAAUUCGUUUUUUCAAAUCCAUGGCACAACAGACAAAUUGUAUAAAUCCAUAUUGUAGCAUUGACAUCUACAUAUAUACAAGGCACAUCGCAGUCACUACUAUUAAGCUUCUGCACCCCAGUCAGCACAUUGGACUUUUGGGGAGUCUCUUCAUAUUCUUCAACUCUACGCCUUUAAAAAUGUGUACACCGAUGAAAACUGCAAUAUU